AUGAAUUCGUACCUGGAGUACAUCUCGUGUGGAGAGGUACUCACCUUCUCCCCCAAGUUCUGCCGCUCGGAUACCCGGCCAGUGGCUCUGCAGCCUGCCUUUCCCCUGGGCGGGGAGGGCGCCUUUGUGAGCUGCCUGCCUGUCGCCGCGGCUGGGGCUCGGCCCGUGCCUCCUGCCCCAGCGCAGCCCCAGCCCCAGCCUCCGACACCGACACCGCCCCCGCCGCAGCUGCCACCGCCCCCGGCCCAGUCCCGAACCCCUGGCCCGCCUCCGUUUGCUCCGUGCACCCUCGAAGGCGCCUACGAGGCGGGCACCGCACCUGCCGCAGACUACAGCUUUCUGCCCCAGGGCUCCGCGUACGACUUCGCUGGCGGCCUAGGGCCCGCGGCCGAGGACGCCGUGGCCGGCCAAGUUCACUACGCCACUUCGGCCGUCUUUUCGGGCAGCGGCUCCUUCAUUCUCAGCGGCCAAGUGGACUACGGUGCCUUCGGAGAGCCCAGCCCCUUCCCGCAGGGUCUCAAAGAGCAAGGCGAUGGCUCCGCCGGGGGCUUCCAGGCUGUCUCCCCAGCGCCCGGCUCCUACCCCAAGUCCGUCUCUCCCGCCUCGGGGCUUCCCACAGCCCUCAGCACUUUUGAAUGGAUGAAAGUGAAAAGAAACGCCCCCAAGAAAAGCAAACUCUCCGAGUAUGGGGUACACAGCCCCUCGAGCACCAUACGCACAAAUUUCAGCACCAAGCAACUUACUGAACUGGAAAAGGAGUUUCAUUUCAAUAAGUACUUAACCCGGGCCCGCCGCAUAGAAAUAGCCCACUCCCUGCAGCUGAAUGACACUCAAGUCAAAAUCUGGUUCCAGAAUCGAAGAAUGAAACAGAAGAAAAGGGAAAGAGAGGGAUUGUUGGUCAGCACAUCACCUGUAACGGCUCUUCAGCUUUCUGUCUCAGGUCUGAGCCCUGCAAAGUCUGGCAAGAAUGCAGGGAGCCCUGCUCCCUCCAAAGACUCUUCCUCAUGAGUGAACUCGGAAGCCUCUCAGCACUAACUUGACCUUUCCUCGUGAGCAAGUUUCUGAGGCUGCAGAAAAAUCUCUGGGACUGUCCUGCUAACCCUGCGCAUCUCUAGGCUUACCACGCUCCUUUGGGAGUGGGCUAGAAGGUGGCCCUGAGGAGGGUUUCGCUUUUAAAAAGAAAGUACAGUAUGGUAAUUUUUCUGUGCUCAAAGUAGUGUGCAUACUGGUCUUAAUUUGAUGCCUUUUAAGCAACUUGUUUACCUCUUAUUUAUGUGUCUUAUCAGGGAAACUGGAUCCCAGCUGCCAGUCCAACCUUGCUGCUACCUUUCCUAACUGGCCUUAUACAAUUCUGAGUUUUAAAGGGGAGGCUCAAAAUAUUGUCAGAAUUCCCCAAGUCCCCCAUAAGCUCCCAGAGCUACAUCUCCUCAGUAUAUGUAAACAGUGUUUUUGUUGUUGUCCUAAGUGACAAAGCAACAACUUUGGCCUCACGGGUUGACCAAAGAUAGUAAGGAUUUCAUUAGUAAGAGCUAAGCUGCUUCAAUGAAAUCCUUAAUAUUUGCACUACAAGUCUCUUCUUUUAAAGCUGUUCCUACCUCUCCACGUGCCUGAGUGAAAAUACAAUCCAUGUUUAGUUAGUAGCUGACUUUAUAAGGACUAAAACAACUUGUUAGGUGUAGUUUAGAAAUUGACUUACACCUGGACUUUAGCCUUGUUACCUGGAUUUGUGUGUAAAUAUACAGUAUGUAUAUUUUUAACAGAA